CCUAUAAAGCAAUCACUUCUCGUCGCCUCUCCUCUUAUCACAAUCUAUCCCAAAAUACAUAAAACCCUAAAUCCGUCUCCUUUCGUCUCAACUCUUUGGCGCAGAUAGCCUACACUUUGGGUCUGGAUCUCUUGCAGGCUCAUCUUGUCCUGGUGAUUUCCCAGUUUGUAGUGUGUAAACUUUGAAGGAUUUUUAUGUCCAAACAAGCUAUUCUCUAUUUGACAGCCAUUGCUCUGCUUGGAGAAUAUUUUCGUAGAAAAAAGAACCAUCUUUUUUCUGAUCCAUUCAGCUGUAUGCCUCUCAAGCCAUUCCAGGAAUACCCUGAGUUUUGUGGUUUCAGCCAGGAACUCUUUGAAGACUCCUUUUUGGCUGAGGAACACUUUGAAGACUCCAAAUUGAAUUCCAGUCGCUGUUGCCUUUGAUUGUUGUGUAAUUAAAGAUGGCUUUACAGAACAUUGGUGCCAGCAAUAGUGAUGAUGCCUUCUACAGGUAUAAGAUGCCCAGAAUGAUUACCAAGAUAGAGGGCCGUGGUAAUGGUAUCAAGACCAAUGUUGUCAACAUGGUUGAUAUCGCAAAGGCUUUGGCAAGACCAGCUUCCUAUACUACUAAGUAUUUUGGUUGUGAGCUUGGUGCUCAAUCCAAAUUUGAUGAAAAGACUGGAACUUCACUUGUGAAUGGAGCUCAUGACACUGCCAAACUUGCUGGUCUUCUUGAAAACUUCAUUAAGAAGUAUGUUCAGUGCUAUGGUUGUGGGAACCCAGAAACAGAGGUUAUUAUUACUAAAAGCCAAAUGCUGCAACUGAAAUGUGCUGCCUGUGGUUUUCUUUCUGAUGUGGAUAUGAGGGACAAACUGACUACUUUUAUUUUGAAGAACCCGCCUGAGGCUAAAAAGAGCUCAAAGGAUAAGAAGGCUAUGAGGAGGGCAGAGAAGGAGAGGCUGAAGGAAGGCCAGGCUGCUGAUGAGGAGCAGAAAAAACUGAAGAAAGAAGCAAAAAAGAAGGGCCCUGCUAAGGAUGCCAGCACAAAACCUAACUCUAAAAAGAAAUCAAGCAGUUCGGAUGAGGAUCUUUCCUCACCACCUCGCAAUCAUAUUAAAGAGAAAGUUGAAGAAGAUGACGACGACGAUGACAUUCAGUGGCAAACUGACACAUCAAUGGAAGCUGCACAGCAACGUAUUAAAGAGCAACUGAAUGCUGUAACCGCUGACAUGGUUAUGCUUUCCACAGAUGAUACAGAGAAGAAGUCCAAGACUGCUAAUAAAACACAAGGUAGUCCUAAAGCUCUUUCCCCACCACGAGAGACGAAUUCCAAGGCAGAAAAUGGAAACUCAUCUCAUGUGAGGCUUGUUGAGGAGAUGAAAGACAAUCUGCAAAAAGGGAUCACUGCUAGCCAAUUUCGUACAGUUCUCGGAUCGCUCUCUGGUACUCAACAGGAAGUCAUGACUGCCUUAUAUGAGGCACUCUUGGAUGGUGUUGACAAAGGGUUUGCUAAAGUUGUCAUCAAGAAGAAGAGCUAUGUUGCAGCUGCUAUUUCUCUGCAUGAGGAGUCACAGCUCCAUUUGCUGCGAGCUAUUGAAGAAUUCUGCAGGAAAUCCAAUCCGGCAGCCGUGAAGGAAGUAGCUUUAGUUUUGAAAGCAUUAUAUGAUGCUGAUCUUCUGGAGGAGGAAUAUAUAAUGAAGUGGUACAGUGAGGGUCUUAACGGAGUCAAUAAAGACGCUCCAAUUUGGAAGAACACCAAACCCUUUGUAGAAUGGCUUCAAAGUGCUGAGUCUGAAUCAGAGGAGGAAUGAUUGCUCUGGCUUUACAAUAUCUCAAGUCUCUACGUGUCGUCGUAUUUCAUUUCAUAAUGGUUCCCAUUUAAUAUAUAUGGUUUUGUAAUCGAUGCCUGCGUGUUUGUGGACAGUUUAUUUGGUUAAUUUCUUACUGUCUCAGAUCUUGAUUGUGUCUUGCCUUUAUGGCAAAGUACUUUUAAUAAUAUGCAUUGGUGUUUUUGUUAUUGUUGAGAUUUUUUUCUUUUG